AUGGCCGACACAUCAAGAUUGACGCGGCGUGAUCGCAUCCUCGGCGCGUUGCUUGGCGUCCACGCCGGCGAUGCACUAGGUGCCACGGUCGAGUUUGAGACGUGGGAGAGCAUCCAAAUCACACAUCCGCAUGGCGUCCGCGAUAUUGUUGGCGGCGGUCACUUUGGCUGGCCUGCCGGGCACGCAACCGACGACACCGACCUGACUCGCGCCGUGCUCCUCGCGUAUCGUGACGCCGAGCAGGCAAGGCGAUCCCAAUCGUCAUCAUCCUCAUCACCAUCUGUCGACAUAGUCCAGCUUGCCGCGCAGUACAUGGUGGAUUGGUACGACGGGCGCAACUGGCCCGGUCGUGUGCCGGGCCAGAUCCCGCGCGACGUCGGCGGCGCGACGGGGGUGGGGAUCCGCAGGUUCAAGCAGACGGGCGAUCUCCGCACGAGCGGGGCGGGCCAGGGCCGUGCGGGGAACGGCUCCCUCAUGCGCUGCAUCCCCACGGCGCUUUUUCAGCCGGAUCCCGGUCUUGCGGAUACGGAGUCCAUCGCCAUAUCGGCUAUCACGCACGACGAUGUACAUUGCACCCUUGCCUGCGCGGCGUAUAAUGCCGUGGUGCGGGCGUUGAUCGAGGGGAAGACCCAGGGAGAGGCUUGGCAGGCGGGGCGCGACGCCGUGCAGCGGGCGGCAGCAUCCUGCGAGGCUACGGCAACAGCGGGCGGUGUUGGGAUGGACAAGAUCACCGCCGCCGCGCGAAAAGUGGAGGCUGCGUUCGACGCGGGCAAAGAGCUGGUCCAAGUGGCCGAUCUGGCCGCGCGCGGGCCCAAGGCUGCCACCAACGGCGCCAAGGCGCUGCCUAACAAGGCAUCGGGCUACGUGCUGGAAUCGCUUACCAUUGCGUUGGCCGCGCUGCUGGACCCGCGGCCGCUUGAGGAGGUGCUGGUUGAUGUGGUGCGCGUCGGGAGGGAUACGGACACCAACGCGGCCAUUGCGGGGGGAUUGCUGGGCGCGAGGGAUGGAGUAGAGGGGAUACCGCUGAGGUGGAGGGAGAAGCUGCAGUUUGCGGAAGAGUUUGAGGAGGUUGUGGAGUUCAUGCUUGACGGGUCGGGUACGGGGAUGCCUGCGGAGAUGCCUACGGCGGAUGAGGGCGGUCCCAAGGGUGGCUGA